UGUCCCACCUUAUUUUAAGAUGGAGCCUCCUCAGACCCAGGUUCACCUGGAGGGGAACCGUCUGGUCCUUACCUGCAUGGCAGAGGGCAGCUGGCCCCUGGAAUUCAAAUGGAUCUACAAUGGGACUGAGCUCACACGUUUCUCCUUGGAAUACAGGUACCUGAUGCCCUCGCUGGACCGGUCGCAUGCUGGCCACUACCGCUGCAUUGUGAGGAAUCGAGUGGGAGCUAUAAUGCAGUGCAAUACUGAAGUGCAGGUUGCCUAUAUUGGUGGUUUUGUGGAAAUGGAGAGGUCUCAAACUGUAUCUCAGGGUGAGGGCGCUCUCAUCCACUCACCGCGAAUACACAGCUUCCCCAGGCCACAGAUCACGUGGUUCAGAGAUGGGCGUAAGAUUCCCUCCAGCAGCCGAAUUGCCAUCACCCUGGACAACACGCUGGUCAUCCUGUCCACUGUGGCCCCUGAUGCGGGACGCUACUACGCCCAGGCGGUCAACGACAAGAAUGGGGAGAACAAAACCAGUCAGCCCAUCAUGCUGACAGUGGAGAGUGAGUACACAUACAGAUCCAUGUGCGACAUAAAAAGGUUUUCUCCCACCCAACAAAACACACCGCACUAG